AUGGACAGUUCAAGCCUUUUUAUAGAAUGUGGUAGUAGUCAAGGGGAAGAUGUAGAAGUUGAUCCCGGUGAUUGUGAUGGUGAUGAUGAUGACUCACUUUGGGUUCCUGCAAUUGGGAUGUUUACAUUAAUUUUUGAAUUUUUUCCAGUGAAAAUGAGUAGAAAUGUUGAUUCUGUGAAUUUUUGUGUCAAAAUGGACAGUUCAAGCCUUUUUAUAGAAUGUGGUAGUAGUCAAGGGGAAGAUGUAGAAGUUGAUCCCGGUGAUUGUGAUGGUGAUGAUGAUGACUCACUUUGGGUUCCUGCAAUUGGGAUGUGUUUUUCUUGUCUAGAGGAAGUUAAAACAUAUUAUCAAGAGUAUACUUUAAAAAAGGGGUUUGGAUGGAGGAUUAGAUCAUCAAAAAAAGAAGAUGACGGGGAGAGAGAGAAAUUAUCCUGCCAAGAUUUGUAUAAAUUGAAACAAGAUGGUUUGCGGUACAUUACACAAUUUGAACCUAACCAUUCUCAUGAGACUAGCCCUACAAAAGAAAGAUUUUUCAAGGCUAAUAAGAAAAUAAACUUACAUGUGAGGAGAACAAUCCAAAUCAAUGAUGAUGCGGGAGUAAGGAUCAACAAGACUUUUCAAUCGCUUGUUAAAGAUGCAAGAGAACAUGAAAAUAUUCCUUUUUGUGAAAAAGAUGUGAGGAAUUAUAUUAACAAAGAGCAUCGUGUGAUUGGAAAAGAAGGUGAUGGUAAGGCUUUGAUUAGUUAUUUUUGUAAAAUGAGGGAACAAAAUACAAAUUUCUUCUAUGACAUAGAUUUUGAUGAUGAUUUUCAUGUGAGGAAUGUAUUUUGGGUCGAUACAAGAAGUAGAGCCGCUUACGAAUAUUUUGGAGAUGUUGUAACUUUUUACACAACAUACUUGACUAACAAGUAUGACAUGCCUUUUUCUACAUUCGUGGGUGUGAAUCACCAUGGUCAAUCAACAUUACUUGGUUGUGGACUACUAUCAAGUGAAGACACAGAUUCUUUUGUAUGGCUAUUUAAGUUAUGA